UGUUGAUAGUGCAGAUGAUGACCAGUUGUCAAGUGUGUCCGUAUAUGGGAAUGUCCCUGUCGACGGGCAUCCUAACCCAAAAAGAUCCGUGUUCACUUUUAAGGACAUUGAAGAAAGUUUAUCGCAAUUCAAUGGUACGGAUGCAGUCGACAUUAGGCGGUGGGUGGAAGAAUUCGAAGAAAUUGCUUCGGCCGUUGGGUGGAAUGAAGUUCAAAAAUUUAUUUAUAGCAAGCAAUUGCUAAAAGGCGCUGCUAAAUUGUUCAUAAGAAGCGAAAGAGGUUUAGUAGAUUGGGAAACAUUGAAGAAAGCCCUAAUGGAUGAGUUUGGUGCGCAAAUUUGUUCAUCUGAAGUUCACAAGAAGUUGCGAAAUAGAAAGAAAGAAUAGAAAUUCGGUGAAACUUUGCGAGAAUAUCUAUACACAUUGAUGGAAAUUGAUAAACCAAUAAGUUUGGAUGAUGAAAGCAUCAUCGACUACUUUAUUGAGGGUAUACCGGACUAAAAGAUAAACAAAGUUGCGCUUUAUCAGGCAAAAUCCAUCAGUGAGCUUAAGAACCAAAUUAAGGUGUAUGAAAAAAUUCGCUAAAAACCCGGUUUUACGAGUUCUUUAAACAAACAAAACACCCAGGUGUCGGGAAAACAAGAAGGAAGUGAUCGAGUGGCUUCAAACAAGAAUGGAAACAAUUGUUUUAAGUGUGGGGUGGAUACCCAUUUAGCUAAAGAUUGUACAAGCAAACAGUACAAGUGCUUCAAAUGUAAUGAAAUGGGACAUCGAUAUUUUGAAUGCAAAAAGGAGAAUAAGGUAAAGCAGGAACGGAGUAAUAUGAUAGACGAAGAUGGGGGGCUUAAGUUUAAAAAGAUUUGGAUUGACAAUUUUGAGUUGAAAGCUUUAGUGGACACGGGAUGUAGUUUGUACUUACUGAGGCGUGAUGUCUUAAAAAAGAUAAAUUUCAAUGAAAGUAUACAAGAAGAAAAACGUAUUCUUCAUGGAUUAUGUCGUAGCGAAGUGGCUACAAUAGGGUUUUUGAUUAUGAAGGUCAAGUUGGACUAGUUGGAGUUAUUUCUGAAGUUUUACAUUGUAGAUGAAUGGGCAAUCGACUACGAUAUUAUCCUAGGAAACACAAUACUAGAGUACGUUGAUAUCAAAGUAACCCCGAAGGGAGUAGAAUUUUUUCAAAAGGAAAGUGUAAACAACGAUUUGAAGGGCAGUUCAGGUAGGCGAGAAGAACAGUGCAAGGAAAUCAGCACUGACGUGGGCCUUGCGAAAGACAAAGAGAUUGGUUAUGAUUUAUUUAGUGAGUUUGAAUAUCUUUGCGCUGAAGUCCAAACAGGGGGUAUAGUAUAUGAAUCUAUAGAUCUUACUCAUUUGAAAGAAACCCAUUCGCGUAGAGUUAAAGCUUUAAUAAAUGAGUAUAGCCC